CGCGAAGAUCCAGCUUCCAAGAAACAUGUCCCGCGCGCCAUGCCGUCUGUUUCCAGGGCAACCCUGGCGCCUCUUAGCAAUCGCGCGCGCAACCUGGGUAGUUUUCUUGUGCCCCCUGCCAUGGCGGCCGCGGGCCCCAGCGUCUUCCUACUCAUGGUCAACGGGCAGGUGGAGAGCGCCCAGUUUCCUGAGUAUGAUGAUCUCUACUGCAAGUACUGCUUUGUGUAUGGCCAGGACUGGGCCCCCACAGCGGGUCUGGAGGAGGGGAUCUCACAGAUCACAUCCAAGAGCCAAGAUAUGCGGCAAGCACUGGUGUGGAACUUCCCCAUUGACGUCACCUUUAAAAGCACCAACCCCUAUGGCUGGCCACAGAUUGUACUCAGCGUGUAUGGACCAGAUGUGUUUGGGAACGACGUGGUCCGAGGCUAUGGGGCAGUGCAUGUGCCUUUCUCACCUGGCAGGCACAAAAGGACCAUCCCCAUGUUUGUCCCAGAAUCUACAUCUAAGCUGCAAAAGUUUACAAGGGCCAUCUGUAGUCUGAGGUCAUCACCCCGCCUGAGGCGCUCUUCCUGUAGAGGACAAUGGAACUUGAAACUGGUGGUAAAUGUAAUGACAUCACUAUACAGAACAAAACAAUCCUGGCCAGAAGCAGGAAAUUCAAGAUUGUAUUAUGUGUUAUUUCAAAGGAGGAUUCAGAAACAAUUUAUAAGACGCAGUUGUAACUCCCUGCCCCACCCACCUUGUGUGGCUUCCACCUGCUUUGGGGUCCCACCAGGGAGACUGGGGCACAGGCACCACCAAAUUGAGGAAAGAGAAUACUUAUUCUAAAAUGUUUUUUCUCAAAAUGAAAAUGGCUUUAUAAUUCCAAUUAUAGAAGCGAUAUGUCUCCUUAUAAAACUAAAAAAUCUGACAACCCAGACAGGAAUUAGAAAGUGGCUGAAAAUCACAUCAUCUCACCCUUCACUGUAUAUGCUUCCAGAAAAUGACUAUAUAUUUAUUUCUAUGAUUUCUAACAGAAAUGAUUCUUUAUAUUUAAUUUAUAUUUAUGGCAAAGCCACCAUAUGCAAAAGACUGGGUUGUCCUAGCUUAUAUAAUGAUUAACUUAAAUAAGUAUAUUAAUUAUACUUAUUAUAAAUAAAACAAAUCCUAGAUAUGAGCUAUUAACUAAAAUGGACUAGAAUCAUCCAUCUGUAUUUCCACCUAACUAUCUCUAAUAUUUGUCUCUGGACACCACUUCUAAGUGAGAGGAGGCCCUAUGCUACAUCUGACCCCAUCUACCCUUUUUAACCAAAGGCCAACAAAGACAGAUUUGAUAACUGCAACCAAAAGGCUGACAACUUUGAAAGGUCAUGUCAAUCACUCCUUUCCUUCCUUCUCCAUUUUUAAGAAAUUCGUGCUUAUUAAAGAAAAAUGGGAACUGAAAAAAAAUUAAAACUAUACACAUUUCCGUCAUCUAAAUAUAAGCACUCUUAUUUCCUGGA